GUAAGCUUUUUUUCCUCUCUUUUCCCCCAUCAAAAAACCCCACACGACCACACACUUGUUCUUUUUUUUCUUUUCAUUUUCAUUUUCAUGUAAAACAACAAGCUUCGAUUGAUUUCAUGUCUAUAUCGAUUGAAGAACAUGAUUACAUAGGGUUGUCAGAGGUAAAUAUGGAGAAAAAAGCCUGUGAAGUAGCCAAUAAUAAUAAAGAUUUGAACUUGAAAGCCACUGAAUUGAGACUUGGAUUACCUGGCUCGGAGUCGCCGGAAAGAGAGGCGGUUAACGGUGGUGUGAUCAAGAACUUGGUGGCUGGAGCGAAAAGGGGGUUUUCUGAUACCAUUAAUGGUGGUUCUGGGAAAUGGGUGUUUUCUGUUAAUGGUGGAUCUGAGGUUGAUUUGGUUAAGAAUGGUGGUGGGUUGUUUUCUUGUUCGAAGGUUGAAAAUAUGAACUCUGGUUUAGGGGUUGGUUCAGUUAAAGAGAGUGCUGUUUUGGCUUCACCUAAGCCUGUUUUGCUUGAGAAGAAGGUUCAGGUUUCUGCUAAUUCUUCAAAUGGUCAAACUUCUGCUCCUGCUCCAAAGCAACAAGUUGUAGGAUGGCCUCCAAUUCGAUCCUUUCGUAAGAACACGAUGGCUGUUAGCCACACAAAGAACGAAGAAGAAACCGAUGGCAAGAUGGGAUCGGGCUGCCUUUAUGUGAAGGUCAGCAUGGAUGGAGCUCCGUAUUUAAGGAAAGUUGAUCUCGAGAUCUAUUCCAGUUACUUGGAUCUUUCUUCGGCUCUUGAAAAGAUGUUCAGUUGCUUUACAAUCGGUCAAUAUGGUAGCCAUGGAGCUCCUACGAGAGACGGAUUAAGUGAGAGCCGACUGAUGGAUCUUCUCCAUGGUUCCGAGUAUGUACUGACCUACGAAGAUAAAGAUGGCGACUGGAUGCUCGUUGGUGAUGUUCCUUGGGACAUGUUCAUUCGCUCUUGUAAGAGGAUGAGGAUCAUGAAAAGUUCAGAUGCAAUUGGGCUAGCCCCUCGAGCCAUGGAGAAGUGUAGGAAUCGUACUUAGCAUGCGAUAACAAAUGAAAACAUGUUUGUGGAAUGGAAAGAUCAAGUCUCUUGGAAGAAUUCUGAAGGGGUCUUGAUGAAGAAAGGCCGGAAACAAAAGCUUUCAUUUGGAAUCCAAAGUCUUGAAAGUGUCUUAUAUUAAUACUUGUGUUGAGUGUAACUAGAAGAGUAUGCCAUUUAGGCACAAGACAUGUAAUGCAUCUAUGACUCCUACAAAACACUUGCUAUGUUGCUUUAUUUUGCUAUAUCGCGAAAAGGGUAAGACUCGAAUAUAUGUGAUUAUAAUAUCGUUACGCUAGAUAUCAA